AUGGGGCGAGCAGUCUGCUAUCCACCACGGGGGUUGCUGCUGUUACUCGCUGUGCUGUGGUCUGCCGAAGGAGGCAAGCUUCUAGUAGUGCCCAUGGAUGGCAGUCACUGGCUCAGCAUGAAGAUCCUAGCAGAGGAAUUGGGACAGAGGGGGCACGAGGUGGUGGUUCUCACGCCAGAAGUCAACAUGGUGAUCAAGGGCUCAGCUUUGUACAAGACCAUGAUGUUUGAAGUUCCGUACAGCAAGGAAGAGCUAGCUGGCAUCUUAGGAGGCCUGAAGGAUAGCAUCUUUCACAAUGGAUCACACCAGGAAGGGCUCCUGAUUAACAUAGACAGGAUACAAGCAUUACAGGUCUUCCAGGCCAGGAGCUGCAAGAGUCUUCUGUAUAACUCAAAGCUGAUGGCACAGCUGGAGCGGAAGGAGUUUGAUGCCUUACUGACGGACCCCUUCCUGCCUUGCGGGGUGAUCAUCGCAGAGAAGCUGGCUGUCCCAGCUGUGUUCUUCCUGCGAGGGAUGCCAUGUGGGAUGGACAGGAUGGCAGCUCAGUGUCCCUCACCCCCAUCGUUCGUCCCCAGGGACUUCACCGUUAACACGGACCACAUGACAUUUCCCCAGAGGGUGCAGAACCUCCUCUCAGCCUUGUGGCAGCCGCUGCUCUGCAGAAUGAUCUUCUCCAGCUUUGAUGAGUUGGCCAGCCGCUACCUGCAGAGAGACAUCUCCUUUCAAGAGCUCAUGAGCCACGGGGUGGUUUGGCUGCUGAGAUAUGACUUCACCUUUGAGUACCCUAGGCCGCUGAUGCCCAACAUGGUCCUCAUAGGCGGCAUCAACUGUAGAGUCAAGAAGGGCUUACCUGUGGAGCUGGAGGAGUUUGUGAACAGCUCUGGAGAGCAUGGCUUUGUGGUCUUCACUCUGGGCUCCAUGAUUUCAGAAAUGCCGCUGGAGAAGGUCAACCAGUUUGCAGAAGCCCUGGGAAAGAUCCCACAAAAGGUUAUAUGGCGCCUCACUGGACCCACACCUGGUAACCUCUCUGCGAACAUCAAGCUCAUGAAAUGGCUGCCACAGAAUGAUCUUCUGGCCCACCCCAAGGCUCGUGUCUUCAUGACACACGGCGGGACACAUGGAAUCUACGAAGGAAUUUGCAAUGCCAUUCCCAUGGUGAUGCUGCCUCUGUUUGGAGACCAGGCUGAUAAUGUGCUGCGCGUAGCGUCCCAGGGAGCGGGCGUGGUCCUCAACAUCCACGAUAUGACAUCACAGAGCCUGCUGGAUGCACUCAACACCGUCAUCAACGACACGAGUUACAAAGAGAACAUGAUGAGACUGUCUGAAGUGCACAAGGACCGCCCCAUAGAACCCCUGGACCUGGCAGUUCAUUGGACAGAGUUUGUGAUGAGACACAAGGGGGCAGAGCAUCUCAGACCGGCGGCUCACGACCUCAACUGGAUCCAGUACCACUGCCUGGACGUGAUUGGCCUUUUGGUUGUCAUAGUGAUUGCUGUUACUUUAGUUACAGUUAAAAGUUGUGCAUUUUGCUUUAGGAAAUGCUGCAGAAGAUCCGGGAAGAAGAGGAAGACUGACUAAGUAAUAAUACAGGACAGGUUAUUAACAUAAGACAACUACACCCCUAAAGGUGUUCAGGGUGUAAUGAUCUCAUCAUAAUCACAGCCCUGCAGCUUUAAUCAAUGUUUAAAUCCAAAGCGUAAUUUUAUAAUAUUAUUUUCUCAAUGUGCAAAUGGGCCUCAAUGCUGUUUACUUUCUUUGCUAGCACGGUGGUGGUGAAACUCCGGCUGCUAGUGGUCGCCAAUUAUUUGUAUUGUUUUCUCCCCAAUUUAGUAAUGUCCAAUUAUUUUUAGACUGUCCACCGCUACCACCCGUGCUGACCUGGGAGAGGCGAAGCUGAUCACAUGCUGUCCUCCCAAGCGUGUUCCAUCAGCCGUCUGCUUCUUUACACACUGCAGAUUAACCAUGCAGCCAUCCAGCGCUACAUCGUCGGAGGACAACGCAGCCCUGGGUGGCAUUUCAAC